AUGGCAGAUGAGGAGAUAGUCACUCUGAUUGUGGACAACGGAUCCGGAAUGUGCAAAGCAGGCUUUGCGAGAGAUGAUACCCCCAGAGCAGUGUUCCCCUCCGUCAUAGGAAGGCCGAGGGAUCAGGGGUGCACGGGCCAGAAGGACGGCUACGUGGGGGACGAGGCACAAAGCAGAAGGGAUAUCCUAACCCUGAAGUAUCCUAUUGAACGUGGCAUCGUCACCAACUGGGAUGACAUGGAGAAGAUCUGGCACCACAUCUACAAUGAGUUACGCGUUGCCCCAGAAGAACACCCAGUCUUGCUUACUGAAACGCCCCUGAAUCCCAAAGCCAACAGGGAGAAGAUGAUGCAAAUCAUGUUUGAGACCUUCAACACACCAGCUUUGUAUGUGGCCACCCAGGCAGUGCUGUCCUUGUAUGCCUCUGGCCGUACGACUGGAAUUGUUUUGGACUCGGGAGAUGGGGUCACCCACUCUGUGCCCGUCUAUGAGGGUUAUGCCCUGCCCCACACCAUCUUGCGCUUGCACUUGGCUGGCUGUGACCUGACGGACUUUCUUCUGAAGAUUCUGAAUGAGAGAGGCCGCAGCUUUAUUCCCGCAGCCCAGAGGGAGAUUGUGCAGGACGUCAAAGAGAAGCUCUGCUACGUUGCCCUGGACUUUGAGCAGGAGAUGGCCACGGGUGCCUCGUUGUCCUACGAGCUGCCUGACGGCCAGGUGAUCACCAUCAGCAAUGAGCGUUUCGUAUGUCCCGAGGCCCUCUUCCAACCCUCCUUUCUAGGCUUGGAGUCCUGCGGCAUCCAUGAGACCACCUUCAACUCCAUCAUGAAGUGUGACGUGGGUAUACGAAAGGACCUGUAUGCCAACACGGUGCUGUCAGGUGGUACCACCAUGUACCCUGGCCUCGCCGACAGAAUGCAGAAGGAGAUCACCGCUUUGGCCCCUAGCACUGUGAAGUUCAAGAUCAUUGCCCCACCAGAGCGCAAAUACUCUGCCUGGCUUGGUGGCUCUCUCCUGGCAUCUCUCUCCACCUUCCAGCAGAUGUGGGUCAGCAAGCAAGAGUAUGCAUCUGACCUUUUCACUGUCCAUCAUAAGCACUUUUAA